CCACCACAUCCACUCGCCUCGCACCACACACGCAUCCGCAGCGCCAUGUCUGACGCCGCCUCUCUCACCCCACACGCCGAGGCAAGCAGCAGCAGCAGCGCCACUGCUGCUUCACCAGACGACUCGGCACCCGCGCUGCUGCCCGGCGGCUUCCACGCCUUCCGGCCCGUGUACGACUCCUCCUCCUCCGCCCUCACCUCCUCGACACCACUCACGUCCGCGCUGCUCACCGUGCGCGUCGUCAAGAGCUUUGCGUACCGCACCAUGAAGGCAUGUGUGCUGCCCGGCCUCGACCUGACGCGCAUGACGGUCGGCGAGCUGCGUGAGCGGGUCAAGCAGGAGGUGCGGACAAAGCCGGAGUAUAAGGGCGUGAGAAGUCGCGUCGCGGAGUACGACACGCUCAAGAUCUACACGCACGCGCAUGCAUCCAAGACGACGAACCUCAUCAUCAACCUCGACCGGCCCGAGUGGCUGCUGCUCGACGACGAUGCGACGCUCGAGAGUGUGGGGUGCCAGAACGAGACGGAGCUGUCGCUCUUCAAUCGCGCCGAGUACGAAGAGUUCCUGCUCAAGCCCGACACAACGUCCUGGUGAUCUCUCUCUCUCGUCUGCUCUUCGUCUCUCCACCUCGCUCUCCAUCUUCGCUUCGCUCUCUCUCUCUCUCUCCAAAAGAGCGCACGCUGCGCGCGCGCCAUGCUACAUCAUCCAGCAUCACACAUCGUCAUCGGUCCCGGG